AAUAGUUAACUUGGGGGGGGGGUUCAUUACUAAUUUCUUCUCGUCCGUGCGUUUCCGGUCUGUGGUUGCCAUGGCGUUGGAGACGGUGCCCAAGGACCUGCGGCACUUGCGGGCUUGCUUGCUUUGCUCGCUUGUCAAGACCAUUGACCAGUUCGAGUUUGAUGGCUGUGAUAACUGCGACUCUUACCUGCAGAUGAAAGGGAACCGUGAGAUGGUUUACGACUGCACCAGCUCAUCCUUUGAUGGCAUUAUUGCGAUGAUGAGUCCGGAGGACAGCUGGGUCUCCAAAUGGCAGCGAAUCAGUAACUUCAAGCCUGGCGUCUAUGCAGUGUCUGUGACUGGCCGCCUGCCCCAAGGGAUUGUGCGAGAGUUGAAGAGCCGUGGGGUGGCCUACAAGUCUCGUGACACAGCCAUAAAGACUUAAGGAACCUUCUUGCCCCUUAAAUCCUGCACCGUGCAGACCUCGGUUUCUGUAGAGACUGCCGUAUAGAGCUACCCUAAUGCUCUGCAGGGGAAUCGGGGAUCUCUGUAUGAAUGAGCGGGACUCGAGAGGACUUCUUCAUCCCAGCCUUGGCAGCUGAGCCAGGCAGGGAUUUCCUUGAGAGUCCAUAAGCAGGAGCACAAACCGCUGCCAAGGGAAUGGAGGGGGCGCUGUUUUUGUAAAUAUUUUGAAUAAAUUUUGUUAUGGGAUCAGAAAA